AAUAAAGUAUUGGUGUAUAUUGCAAACCUCGCAAACUGUAUUGAAUAUUUACUGUGUAUGCAGAAAUAGGACGUUGUUCUUUUUUAUUUCAAAGGAUUUAUAAUGAAUGUGCACUAUGAAAGCAAGUACAAGAAAAUCAAAAGGCAAAUAAAGAAGCUAGUGUUCGAAAACGCCGCUCUAUGUGAUGAAGUGGCCGAAGUGCAGACAGAGUUAUGCGCUGCUCGUGAAGAGCGACGAUAUCUUGUAAAGCGUUUGUUGCGUCAUGAAGGAUUUGAGAACGUUGGGAAAGAAGACAAUCCUGCAGAAGCAGGCUCUUUUUCUACGCAGAAAUUGUCAACCUCGAAGAAACGAGGCCCAAAGAAAAGACAACGAGCUACCAGUACGGGGGGUGGUUCUGUAGAACAGGAACGCGACGGAAUUACUUUGAGCGAGAAAAAAUUCAAUGUAGAUAUAUAUGGCAAACCGAAGUUCCCAAUCAAUCUUAGUAAUAUAUUACUGCAUUCCAUGGGAGAAAUUUUACCGACAAAUUCAAAUUUUCAUAACGAACAUUGGAUCUAUCCAGUGGGUUACAUGAUCACUCGUAUAUACGCACAUCCUAAGGAACCGCAACGUAAAUGCGUAUUCACUUGUAAGAUAUUAAAUAACGCCGGUAUGCCUCAAUUUCAAAUUAUUCCGGAUAACGAUUUGGAUAGCGUAUUUUUCGGCGAAUCUGCGAACGUAUGUCACCAAGGUUUGCUUGAAACCUUGCAAAGAUCACUGGCCGACGUAACUAAGCUUCCUUUGCGUGUGCAAGGGGAGAAAUUUUUCGGACUUGGAAAUACUACGAUACAGUCGCUUUUACAAAAUCAAGAAGAUUUCAAGCAUUGUGCAAAUUUCAAAAGUUUUUUAUCGGCGGCGGAAUGGAACUUUCCCGAAGAUAAAGAUCCGACUAUAUGCUAUGAAGCAUUGCAGUCCAUAAUUGCAAUGUCCGCUUAUCACACUAUGCCUGAAGUAAAGGACGAACCUCCAGACGAAUUAUUCGAAUUAAAUUAAAUCGAAAACAGAAAAUAUGUUUUAGUUUUACGCCAUAACACUU